AUGGGCUGGGAGAACUUUGCGCUGCUGCUGCUUUUUGCCUUGUGGGGACUUCAAGAAGAAGGAGCCCAAGCCUGCACCUGUUCACCGAUGCAUCCUCAGCAGUUGUACUGUCAAGACCACAUCAUCGUUAUCAAGGCCAAGGUUGUUGGGGUGAUACCUGGCGACACUGCUAGUGGUGGACUCGCCAAGUAUGAAAUCAAACACCUGAAGACCCUCAAGGGUGCUGAGAAACUCUUUAGUGCCGUUCACACUCCACCCUACACUGCAACAUGUGGAAUCACUCUGACCCAAGACGUUGAAUAUCUUUUUAUGGGCAGACUAGAGUCUGACAAUCUGCACGUGUCCCUUUGUGAAUUCCAUCAGCCGUGGAAAGACUUGAGCAACACUCAAAAGCUUCUUCUGUACCGCUACGGAGAAGGCUGCACCUGCACGAUCAAGUCCUGCCUCUCCCUCCCGUGCUGCAUGACCAGCACGACAGAGUGCCUGUGGACAGACUACCUACCGAAAAAAAAGGCCGUUCAUUACCAGGCCGAAAACUACGCUUGCGUCAAGAUGGGGGACGGCAAUUGCGCCUGGGAUAUGCCAGCUGUCUAUCGCAGUCACUGA